AUGAGGCCACUGCUGGCCACAGCAGAGCUAUCUGCUGUGACCACAAGCACCUUCAUGCCAGCUAAUGGGGCGUGUAGAACUGCAGCUAUGGACCAGAAGCCACGUGUGUGGAUGAAAAACGAGGAAACAGAUGAAGUACCAGCUGAGUCAGGCUCCAUGUCAACAUUUUUAUUUGUAUAUUUAUCCCCCCGCCCGCCCGCACGCCCGCUCUCCCCCCGCCCCGCCCGCACGCCCGCUCUCCCCCCGCCCGCCCGCACGCCCGCUCUCCCCCCGCCCGCCCGCACGCCCGCUCUCCCCCCGCCCGCCCGCACGCCCGCUCUGCCCCCGCCCGCCCGCACGCCCGCUCUGCCCCCGCCCGCCCGCACGCCCGCUCUCCCCCCGCCCGCCCGCACGCCCGCUCUCCCCCCGCCCGCCCGCACGCCCGCUCUCCCCCCGCCCGCCCGCACGCCCGCUCUCCCCCCGCCCGCCCGCACGCCCGCUCUCCCCCCGCCCGCCCGCACGCCCGCUCUCCCCCCGCCCGCCCGCACGCCCGCUCUCCCCCCGCCCGCCCGCACGCCCGCUCUCCCCCCGCCCGCCCGCACGCCCGCUCUCCCCCCGCCCGCCCGCACGCCCGCUCUCCCCCCGCCCGCCCGCACGCCCGCUCUCCCCCCGCCCGCCCGCACGCCCGCUCUCCCCCCGCCCGCCCGCACGCCCGCUCUCCCCCCGCCCGCCCGCACGCCCGCUCUCCCCCCGCCCGCCCGCACGCCCGCUCUCCCCCCGCCCGCCCGCACGCCCGCUCUCCCCCCGCCCGCCCGCACGCCCGCUCUCCCCCCGCCCGCCCGCACGCCCGCUCUCCCCCCGCCCGCCCGCACGCCCGCUCUCCCCCCGCCCGCCCGCACGCCCGCUCUCCCCCCCGCCCGCCCGCACGCCCGCUCUCCCCCCGCCCGCCCGCACGCCCGCUCUCCCCCCGCCCGCCCGCACGCCCGCUCUCCCCCCGCCCGCCCGCACGCCCGCUCUCCCCCCGCCCGCCCGCACGCCCGCUCUCCCCCCGCCCGCCCGCACGCCCGCUCUCCCCCCGCCCGCCCGCACGCCCGCUCUCCCCCCGCCCGCCCGCACGCCCGCUCUCCCCCCGCCCGCCCGCACGCCCGCUCUCCCCCCGCCCGCCCGCACGCCCGCUCUCCCCCCGCCCGCCCGCACGCCCGCUCUCCCCCCGCCCGCCCGCACGCCCGCUCUCCCCCCGCCCGCCCGCACGCCCGCUCUCCCCCCGCCCGCCCGCACGCCCGCUCUCCCCCCGCCCGCCCGCACGCCCGCUCUCCCCCCGCCCGCCCGCACGCCCGCUCUCCCCCCGCCCGCCCGCACGCCCGCUCUCCCCCCGCCCGCCCGCACGCCCGCUCUCCCCCCGCCCGCCCGCACGCCCGCUCUCCCCCCGCCCGCCCGCACGCCCGCUCUCCCCCCGCCCGCCCGCACGCCCGCUCUCCCCCCGCCCGCCCGCACGCCCGCUCUCCCCCCGCCCGCCCGCACGCCCGCUCUCCCCCCGCCCGCCCGCACGCCCGCUCUCCCCCCGCCCGCCCGCACGCCCGCUCUCCCCCCGCCCGCCCGCACGCCCGCUCUCCCCCCGCCCGCCCGCACGCCCGCUCUCCCCCCGCCCGCCCGCACGCCCGCUCUCCCCCCGCCCGCCCGCACGCCCGCUCUCCCCCCGCCCGCCCGCACGCCCGCUCUCCCCCCGCCCGCCCGCACGCCCGCUCUCCCCCCGCCCGCCCGCACGCCCGCUCUCCCCCCGCCCCGCCCGCACGCCCGCUCUCCCCCCGCCCGCCCGCACGCCCGCUCUCCCCCCCGCCCGCCCGCACGCCCGCUCUCCCCCCGCCCGCCCGCACGCCCGCUCUCCCCCCGCCCGCCCGCACGCCCGCUCUCCCCCCGCCCGCCCGCACGCCCGCUCUCCCCCCGCCCGCCCGCACGCCCGCUCUCCCCCCGCCCGCCCGCACGCCCGCUCUCCCCCCGCCCGCCCGCACGCCCGCUCUCCCCCCGCCCGCCCGCACGCCCGCUCUCCCCCCGCCCGCCCGCACGCCCGCUCUCCCCCCGCCCGCCCGCACGCCCGCUCUCCCCCCGCACGCCCGCUCUCCCCCCGCACGCCCGCUCUCCCCCCGCACGCCCGCUCUCCCCCCGCACGCCCGCUCUCCCCCCGCACGCCCGCUCUCCCCCCGCACGCCCGCUCUCCCCCCGCACGCCCGCUCUCCCCCCGCACGCCCGCUCUCCCCCCGCACGCCCGCUCUCCCCCCGCACGCCCGCUCUCCCCCCGCACGCCCGCUCUCCCCCCGCACGCCCGCUCUCCCCCCGCACGCCCGCUCUCCGCCCGCACGCCCGCACGCAUUAGAACUGAAUGAACCAAAUGGAUAG